AUGGCUCCUCGAUGGACUUCAGAUGGUGCAUAUCUCGCAGAUACGAACUCCACAGACGACGCAACGACGUCACAUUCAUUUGCCUCGACGUCGACUCCCCCCGGUCGCCAUGCCCCUAGGAUGGUGAAACGUACCAUAACGAAACGUCAAUUCAAUAAUCGCCCCAAUUCCAACAACACCAACUCGAGAGAUGAUGAUGAUAGGGACAGGGACAGGGAUAGGGAUAGGGAUCGGCAAAGGAAUUCGUUUGGGUGUCCACAGUGCAACAUACGGGACAACGACCCUCGCGUGCGGUACGUAGGGAAUUGGAUCCUCAACGGGACGCAGCUUUCGACCUCACAUAUCACAUCAACAAUUGGGUCCACUGUUACGUUACGUUUCAACGGAACCGGAAUCAUUGUCUUUGGCACCGUCCCCGCAAGUAAUGAGACCGUCCUUCCUCCGUCUGCCGUAUAUCUCCUUGACGCCGACCCACCCUUCGCAACCUCGGCACCUUUCGCUCCCGCGAGUGUACCGAACCAGCCUAUGUUUGCCUCCGGCCAGCUAGCAGCAGACAGAGAGCACUCCCUCGUGAUCAACGUCACCAGCGCCGAAACUCCCUAUAUCCUGCAGAGAUUCUUCGUUUUCCCGAGACCCCCGUCUACAUUGAAGGACAUGAUCGGCCAGCUGCCUAGUGGCUCUGCGCGAGGUCAGAAUCCGGCAGCGACAGCGACAUCCUCGCCGAAGCCGUCGGUGACAUCCCAAACGCUCAACAGCAAUCGUCCUGACGCAGGUGCCCAGCAGGCUGUCCGGGCUCUAGCUGCUGUCCUUGGGACGUUGGCCUUCUUGAUAAUCGCUUGCAUCAUUGUCUUCCUCUUCCUUCGAUUUCGACGGCGCAGGCAGCUGGAAGCACAACUAGCGGCGGACGAGAAAUCAGCGUACGGAUCGCAAGUUGGCUCAAGAAGAUCGAGACGGCCAGAAACCGUGUACACCACAUUCACGUCUACGGAAUCGAUAUUACGGAACGACAGUGUGUGGUCUCCGUCUCAUCGUUCCACCCGCAGCCACUUCUCGCGAGGCGACGGGUACCGCAGCGAAGGUCGAAACACGAUAGACUUUACGCCUCCUCCCAUACCUCCAAAACCUGGCCGCGUCUCUUCUCCGAACACUGUAGGGUCAGGAACCGCCUGA